ACUCGUCCUCUUAGUCUGCCUGCCAGGAGAGGGAAAGGAGUGCUGGGAAAGGAGCUCAGACGUCGGUGUUGUGUGCGAAAACAAAGCACCACUUUAACUCAGUAAUCUCUCAAGUCUUGAACAUCUGACAGCGCAAGAUCACCACAACUAGAAGAAAUUAGUGAACUGCAUAAACUAUACAGCACAGCUAUGACAGAAUCUAAUAUAAACCCCCUCCAUAUGUCUAAAGGACCAGCAGUAGGCAUUGAUCUGGGCACCACAUACUCCUGUGUGGGCAUCUUCCAACAUGGCAAAGUGGAGAUCAUAGCUAAUGACCAAGGAAACAGGACCACGCCCAGCUAUGUGGCCUUCACAGAUAAUGAGAGACUGAUUGGAGAUGCUGCCAAGAACCAGGUGGCCAUGAACCCAACCAACACUGUAUUUGAUGCUAAGCGUCUGAUUGGUCGUAAGUUUGACGACCCUGUGGUGCAAUCAGACAUGAAGCACUGGCCCUUCAAGGUUGUGAAUGACUCUACCAAACCUAAGGUGGAGGUUGAGUACAAGGGUGAGAUCAAGACCUUCUACGCUGAGGAGAUUUCCUCAAUGGUCCUCAUCAAGAUGAAGGAGAUCUCUGAAGCUUAUCUUGGCAAGUCUGUAACCAAUGCGGUUAUAACAGUUCCUGCUUACUUCAAUGACUCUCAGCGUCAGGCCACCAAAGAUGCUGGAGUCAUUGCUGGGCUUAAUGUGCUGCGCAUCAUCAAUGAGCCCACUGCUGCAGCCAUUGCUUAUGGCCUGGACAAAAAGGUUGGCGGUGAACGUAAUGUUCUUAUCUUUGACCUUGGAGGUGGUACUUUUGAUGUGUCAAUCCUGACAAUUGAGGAUGGCAUCUUUGAGGUCAAGUCCACAGCCGGUGACACUCACUUGGGCGGUGAGGACUUUGACAACCGCAUGGUAAACCACUUCAUUGGUGAGUUCAAGCGCAAGUUCAAAAAGGAAAUCAACAACAACAAGCGAGCUGUACGACGUCUGCGCACAGCAUGCGAGCGUGCUAAGCGCACCCUCUCCAGCAGCACCCAGGCCAGCAUUGAGAUCGAUUCACUCUAUGAAGGAACAGAUUUCUACACUUCCAUCACCAGGGCUCGUUUUGAGGAGCUAAAUGCAGACCUGUUCCGUGGAACCCUGGAGCCUGUGGAGAAGGCCCUGAGGGAUGCCAAGAUGGACAAGAGCCAGAUCCAUGACAUUGUCCUGGUCGGUGGCUCCACUCGUAUCCCCAAAAUUCAAAAGCUACUGCAGGACUUCUUCAAUGGCCGUGAUCUCAAUAAGAGCAUCAACCCUGAUGAGGCUGUGGCCUAUGGUGCAGCUGUGCAGGCUGCCAUCUUGGCUGGUGAUAAGUCUGAGAAUGUACAGGACCUGCUCCUGCUGGAUGUAACGCCCCUGUCCCUGGGAAUCGAGACCGCUGGAGGAGUAAUGACUGUCCUUAUCAAAAGGAACACCACCAUCCCCACCAAGCAAACCCAAACCUUUACCACCUAUUCAGACAACCAACCUGGUGUGCUCAUUCAGGUUUAUGAAGGUGAGAGAGCCAUGACCAAGGACAAUAAUAUCCUGGGCAAGUUUGAGCUGACUGGUAUUCCACCAGCUCCCCGCGGGGUCCCUCAGAUUGAGGUGACCUUUGACAUUGAUGCCAAUGGCAUCCUCAAUGUGUCUGCUGUGGACAAAAGCACCGGAAAGGAGAACAAGAUCACCAUCACCAAUGAUAAAGGGCGGCUGAGCAAGGAGGAUAUUGAGCGUAUGGUGCAGGAGGCAGAGCAGUUCAAGGCUGAGGAUGAGGCCCAGAAAGACAAGGUUACAGCCAAGAACUCCCUCGAGUCUCUGGCCUUCAACAUGAAGAGCACUGUGGAGGAUGAGAAGCUCCAAGACAAGAUCAACCCUGAGGACAAAAAGGCCAUUGUAGACAAGUGCAAUGAGGUCAUUGCCUGGCUGGACAAGAACCAGAUGGCAGAGAAGGAUGAGUACGAUCACCAGCAGAAGGAACUAGAGAAAGUGUGCAACCCCAUCAUCUCAAAGCUAUACCAGGGUGGUAUGCCAGAAGGGGCGCCUGGAGGGAUGCCAGGAGGAAUGCCUGGUGGUUUCCCUGGUGGAGCCGGAGGUGGCUCCUCCUCUGGCCCAACUAUUGAGGAGGUCGACUGAACACUGCCGACAGUGUCUAUACCUCAGAUCCCAACACAAAUUUACUGUCUUAAAGUUAUUUUCUUAGCCAGAAUGCACAUCCAAUAAACAUUAGAUCACAGGCUUAUUUGUACUUAAAUUCUUGCUACAACAUUAACAAAUCCAAGCAACUAAAUCUGACUCCUACAAACAUCAUUUAUCUCUCCACUACCACCCUUUGUGGGGUGAUAAAUGUCUGUGAUUUCUAAAGAUUAAAUCAAUAGGGGGGUGUCACGUAGCACAUUGCGUUACACAGGCGCCCCAUAUGUAGAGGCUACAGUCCUCGCUGCAGCUGGCCCCCGGUUCGACUCCCACCUCAGAC